AUGCUAGCUCUUCGAGGCUCUGAUUUCCGUUUCCACAACCCACCAGAGGAAUCAAAGACCAGAAAGCCAGCCGAUACUGUCAAUGAGCGCGAUUACAGACACCGAUUGGAGCGUGGCCAGGCCGACUCUGCUUCUGGCAACGGGUCUAGCUUCAGACACGACCCAAACCGCCGUCGGGAAAAGCGUCAGCUAUCAUGCAAUCUCUGCCGCCGUCGCAAGCUCCGGUGCGACCGCCAACAGCCAUGUUCGAACUGCUCACUCCGCCAGCUGACUUGCUCGUACCCUGAGCAAUCGGUCACAGCUUCGUUGCCGUCCAAGAAGGCUGCCAUGCACGACCGCAUCAUUCAACUUGAGAGCCUUGUAAUGUCGCUCGUCCCUGGCUCCAAGUCUCGGGCUAUGCACUGCACCGGAGAGCAGGGCAAUGGGCAGCACGAUCUUGCCGACCCCCGCCACUCCGACAGGCACCACUUCACGCAUCAUCUCGAAGAGGAGGAACAGUUUCAGGCAACACAAGACGACCAUGGGCUCGUCGGCACUCAUGAAAGUGACCGAGCACUCGACGCGCCACCUUCCCGCACACUGCUUCUUUAUGCCCCUCACUGGCCAAUCUCACGGCAAGAAAUCCUCGCAUCUUUACCCCCCAAAGGUGCCGUAGAUCGCUACGUGUCUCGGUACUUCAACCGCCUGGACUUGGUCUACUGUCACGUCCCAAUCGCGUGGCUGGGGCUUCUCUUCAGCAUGAUCUGCCUGGCUCUCCUCGCCUCAGACGUGUCCGACACUGCCCGUGGCGACCCAGAGCACCGGUCACUCCAGAUCCGCCUCUAUCGAGAGAGGACGUCUGGCCCGUACGUGCUGGAGACACUAGUGCACUACAUCUACAUCGAACUGAACCUUCGAGGCGACGCUGACAAGGACAUCUGGGCAUUGUUUGCUCUAGAAGUGAACUUGGCCCUGCGCAUGGGAUACCACCGUGACCCCCGACACUUUCCAGGCAUUACUCCGCUUCAAGGCGAGAUGAGACGCAGACUAUGGGCUACGGUUCUUCAGGGGGAUAUCCUCGUGUCCAGUCAAAUGGGCAUGCCACGCAUGAUCUCAGACUCCAAAUGGGAUACUGAAGAGCCACGGAACCUGACUGAUGCUGACCUCGACGAGUCCACGACCGAUCUGCCACCAUCCCGCCCCGAGACUGAACUCACCCCAGCUCUCGGUAUCAUCGCGAGGAGGAGGAUGUUUGUGGCCCUAGGUGCCGUUGCUGAUCUCACGGCAGCGGUCCAGCCAUGUAGCUAUGCCGAAGUUGUGAGGAUUGACGGGGUGCUGCGGGAGGCAGCUGCUAGUAUCCCGCCGCCCCUGAAACCGAAAUUACUGACUAUGAGCGUCACCGAUCCGCCCGAGGUCAUGAUGUCGCGCCUGUUCAUUGAGCACCUAUACUUUCUCGGACAGAUGAAGCUCCACCGGCGCUUCCUUUACGCACCGCUGAGCCCUCACGACAAAGACGUCUUCGCCUACUCCAGGACAAGCUGCUUGGACGCCUGCCUCGGCGCACUUCGAAUCCACAGCAUUUUAGACGAGGAAACCUGUCCUGGAGGGCAGCUUCACAUGAUGCGCUGGCGCAUGUCAUCCAUCAUGAACCACACCUUCCUGACUGCAACCAUGAUCCUGUGUUCCAUGUUGCAUCGAGGCCGGACGCUUGAGCGGGAAGACGAAAUCCUGGAGGCUCUGCGAAAGGCGAGGAGCAUCUGGCUGCGCGCGAGCCCCAACUCACGCGAGGCGAGGAAGGCGGCCGAAACGGUAAACCUUGUGAUGGCGAAGGUCAGAGCCGGACACAGCACACAACAGGACCGAUAUCGGGGAGUGGUUGAAAACACAACCCACCUGACCACCCGGAGCGACUUAGGGAGCGAAUUUGGUUCUGCCCCUGACAAGGACGUUGGAGGAGCGGCCCUUCAGGCGCUCAAUAUGCUGGUCGCUGAAAACUCGAGUCUUGGGGAUGGGGUUUUCGACCCGGACUCAUUCGUUGUUCCGGAUCUCCUCGAGACAUUCAUGCCCGCAGAUUCACAAGCGCAGACCUUCUCCAGUAUGAUCUAG